GGCCAGCGCGAGGCUGCCGAGGCGCAGCGCGCGCCCGAGGAGGCCGUGGCGCAGCAGGCGCGCGAGCAUGCGGAGGCGCAGCGGGCAGGGGCGGGUGCCGAGGCGGAGGGCCAGCGCGAGGCUGCCGAGGCGCAGCGCGCGCCCGAGGAGGCCGUGGCGCAGCAGGCGCGCGAGCAUGCGGAGGCGCAGCGGGCAGGGGCGGGUGCCGAGGCGGAGGGCCAGCGCGAGGCUGCCGAGGCGCAGCGCGCGCCCGAGGAGGUCGUGGCGCAGCAGGCGCGCGAGCAUGCGGAGGCGCAGCGGGCAGGGGCGGGUGCCGAGGCGGAGGGCCAGGGCGAGGCUGCCGAGGCGCAGCGCGCGCCCGAGGAGGCCGUGGCGCAGCAGGCGCGCGAUGAUGUGGCGGCGCAGCGGGCGCGCGAAGAGGCGGCGGCGCUGCAUGGGCACGAGGAUGCUGCGGUACAGCGCUUGAGCGGGGUGGCCGAGGCUGGCUUCGGCAGCAGGUCGAGUCAGGAGGGGGUCCCCGUCGGCGGCCCGCCAAGUCGCGAGAAGUCCGAGGAGUCGCGUUGCGACGCCCUCUGGGGCAGCCGCUGCUUGGAGCAGCCGCUGACGAGGACGGCCACGAUCACCACUCCGCUGCACAAUGCGAGUUUCGCCCACUACAGUGAUCAUCGAAUUGGGCUACAGGGGCUUUUUAUAUCCCCAAGCCUAGGCUUCGCGAUGUGCACCAUCGAGAAGAACGGCUGCAGCCGCUGGAACGCAGUGCUGGCGAAGAUGAGUCGCGGCGACCCCCGGUGGGAGUGCGGCGGCAAAGACCCCAGUUGCGAACAGUCGGUCUGGAGUGCAAGCCGGCAGUCGUACUCGAGGAAGGGGGCCGAGGAGGUGUUCCGCAACCGCUCUGCCACGCGGGCCGUGUUCGUCAGAGAGCCUCUGGAGCGCUUCGCGUCGGCCUUCCUGGACAAGUGCCACCCAACGCGUUACCGGGGCCACACCGCCCAGUGCGCCCCGAAGAACGAGCUGGCGGCGCGACCGAGGCACAUCAGCUUUGAGGCGGUGGUGGGCUGGGCCCUGCAGAGGAACCUGUCUGGCGGCAACCUGGACGGCCACUGGCUGCUGCAGGCCAGGCACUGCGAGCUGCACGCCCGCGUCCGCGACUUCACGGUCGUCGGCCUGAUGCAGAAGGACUCCUUCGGGGCGGACAGCAGUUGCCUCCUCGAGCGGGCCGGACUGCAGCGCUUUAACAUGGGGCGCGAUGGCAAGCCGCUCUUCAUGAGGGCGCAGAAGCUGGGCAGCGGCUGGGGGGCGCCGAACGGCUUCGUGGCGCACGGGACCCAGUGGGGCACCAGCGAGGAGGAGGCUGUCCUGCAGAAGCUCUACACCCCGGAGGCCGCGCGCGCCAUGAUCCGGCACAUGCGGGAGGACUACCAGACGUUCGGGUUCCCCGCCGAGCCCGCAUGGGUCGCACGCGCCUCGGGGGAGUGGUUCUCGCAGGUGUGGAACGCGCGCUGGUCCUACAAGCUCCACAGGGCAAGACGGCUGCUGGACGUGGGCUAGCGGAGGCGCCCUGCUGCGGCCCCCGGAGCGGCGCCCACGCCCAGCACGCGCUGGCGGUGGGCGGGGCUCGCCGGCCCGAGACCGGCGGGUGCCAGAAGGAGCAGCCGCAGCCUGCCGGCCGGGCUCCUGAACGGGAGCUCCGAGGACGAUCGCCACGGAGGGAAGAAACCUCGAGGGAAAGGGGCAAGGCGAAGGCGCGGACGAGGACGACGACGGCGAGGUCCCGUGCCCGCGGAGCGCGCCGUUUCCUUCUGAGGGAGGGCCUAGGAGUUAAACGUCACAACGAUACUCCCCCUUCCCCUGCCACCUUCUCUUGGGCAUCGCACGGUGCGCGCUGCGGCGCGCGCUCGCCCGCAGCGGCAGACCUGCGGCCCUCCCCUUUCCUUUCCCUUCUCCCUUCGCCCCUCCCUUGCACGCCGCCCCUGGACUCUCUCGUCUGCACCCUGCGGGGGAGACCGGGCCAGCGUCGGGAGUUGCGGGGCGCGGCGACCAGCGCGGCGGGCCGCCGCGGUGGGCGCGGCCAUCCCCGGUG